AUGCAACUCGCCCUCGCCACUGCCGCUCUUCUCUCUCUCGCACAUGCUAUCUCUCUCCCUCCCACCGCAACCUUUCCUCGAACCUACUCCUCAACGUCCUCAGUAUCCCGUGACGUCGGAGAAAGCCUCUGCGUGUACGCCAACGCGAGCAGCUUGACCGGGCUCGAUCUCCAUGGUGUAAACCCCGAUGCCACCUCUGCCGACAUCAACAUAGACACUUGUUUGUGUCUGGACACCCUCCCGCUGUUUAUUCAGCACGACCCUCGCGCGACUUUUCUCGUCAAAGCCGUUGGAUCCGACGAGGCCUUACGCCGGCUACAGGUUGCUCUCGACAGCACCGCGCUCGCGAAGACCUGCGCUUAUCCCGCGCACUCGCGCCCUCAAUGCUCUCGCGACGACGUCUGCGGAUUCACGUGCGACGCGCCCUACGUCGCCGAGGGCAACGACUGCGUUUGCAAGGCACCCGGCGGCUGCCGCUCCUCCCCGCCGGGGACCUGCAAGGUUGCCGCGAAAGCGGGUCGUCUCGCCGCUACCGCCGCCGUCGAGAUCUCGACGCACGCCGCCGCUCAAGCGACCUGCAAAUCUCACGAGACGGUGUGCGGCGUGCCUGCCCACGACAGCGCCGCGGACCGGUUUGAGUGUGUGGACGUCCAGACCAGCCCAGACAACUGUGGGGGCUGUAUGAUCCCCGAGCCGUUCAGGCACCCGCACGCUGCUGCCUCACAGGGCGUACUUGGGAUCAACUGCACGGCGAUCAGCGACGUCGACACCGUCUCGUGCGCCGCCAGCGCGUGCGUCGUCGAGAGCUGUCUCGUGGGGUGGGCCGUUAACGCCGAGCGCUCGGGGUGCCUCGAGAUCGGUGAAGGGUCCGCCGUCGCCCUGGCUCGCCGUGGGGCGUUCCGGGCGGAUUUCUCGCGCGUCGCUCGCGAGGCCGAUAUCCCGAAGCCGAAGGAGGACUUCUUCUGGCGACUCCCUGAGUACGUGCGCGAGCAGUCGGUGAAGCCCCGCGCCUUGUAG